GCGCCCUUGAGGCUUGCUCAAUCCUUGCCCAGUAAGGAUACAGUGAGCUGAGCAAGUGACGACGGAUAAAACUGAAAGCUUAAGCUGUCCUCUAGAUCAUUGAUACUGCGAAAACUCUGAGAUCGCAGCAUCGAAAAUGUCCAGAAUUGUGUACGGCCUCAAGUCCAUCAGCUCUAUUAGGCAGUUUCAGAGUCGCAUGCUAUCGAGUGUGCAGGGCUUUCACUCGAGAUGUUGGUCUGCUUCCUACGGAUCGUCAAAUCUUCUCAAGUCCAGCAUGCUCCCUAGAGUCUGUCAGUCUGGGUGGAGAUGGAGGGAGCAAGUUCGUGGGCAUGGGCAUGGGCACUCGCAUGGGGAGGAGGAUGGCCCCACAGUCAAAGUGACUUUUAUCUAUGAUAAGGAUGGGAAGAGCGUCACCGUUGACGGGAAGGUCGGCAUGAACAUCCUGCGCGUUGCGCAGGCACACGAGGUGGAGCUGGAAGGAGCAUGCGAAUGCUCCCUCGCAUGCUCCACGUGCCAUGUUGUCCUUGAGGACUCCCUCUUCAACAAGCUCGAAGAGCCGUCGGAUGACGAGGCUGACAUGUUGGACCUUGCCUUCGGCCUCACUGAAACCAGCAGGCUGGGCUGUCAGAUCAUUCUCACCGAGGAUAUGGAGGGCAGUGUAUUCAGGAUCCCGUCCGCUACGAGGAACAUGUAUGUAGAUGGCCACGUCCCGAAACCACACUAGCCCCUACGGAAGUCAGGAGACGAUAAUGAGGCGUGUAGGAAUGAUCGGAACCCCAUCCCCUUCGUCUUCAAGUUUACAAAUAUUUAUUGUUAUCAAAAAUCCUUCGAGA